CUUGCUUUACCAUUACUGUUAUUCACGUCAUCUACUUUUAUUACGUUGGUAAAAUCUGUACAGACAUCACACCAACCAACUCGCGCGCAAAGUAAGAAGACUAUAUUAAAGGCUUGAAAUUAUAGUACGAUCGACUUUCAUCAAGAAAUGGGCCAGGAAUUUUCCACAAUAGUGCAGAUAAUGGUGAAGGCUGAUCGCGGAAAAGCGAUUGCGUGACGCUCGGUAAGCUGUAAGAUGACAUGUUAUUACAUACCAGACGUAAACACUCUUCAGAUUCUCCGUCUGCAUUUUGUACCCACUCUGCAGUCUGCAGUAUAUAUUUUGUAUCCGGUCUGCAGUCUGCUGUCUGCAUUUUGUAGUAACAGGUAUCCGUGGCACCAAUACAGUUUAUUUUUGGUGACAUUUAUUCGCGCAACACACAUAAUUUACCACAAAAUACCUGUGUGUGAGGUAAUUCGACAUUUUCGUUCUUUUCCGCGUUAAUACUCUUCUUACCUUUGGUAAGAAUGUAGACCACUAACAAUGUUUCAAGUAAUCCACCCACCCUACAAAAAAUAACUCUUGCGUGCAGAGCAUGCCUGUGUUUUGAAAUAGGUUUAUGCCUUAGCCAGACUUGAGCUAACUAUUUCAGUAUACUAGUCCGACACCCACAGUAUCACUACACUUGAUUCCAAGGAUCCAGUACCAUCCAGGUAUCCCAGUUACCCUGCUCACAGGGUCUAGUUGGUGGAAAUAUGGUAUCCAGAAGUGGAAUUUUACAAUAUAUCAGAUCACCCUUUACCCAAAGCUAUGUUUUCCACAAUGCAAUCAGUCUCCUUUACAAUUAAUUGUCUCAUCACAAAACAUGUUUGGCGAAAGAGUGUGUUCCAUGGUAAGACUUUGCGACUUAAAAAAGAAUUGCUAGAGGCGAAUGCGAUGCAGAGGGAAGGGGAUUGGGGUUGAGAAUUUGACUAUGGUUAAACAUUAGUAUAUAGAAUACAUGAAGCAUCUGGCAAAGUAACUAGAUACCGCAGUUGUAGCAUGGCCUCAACUGGCCACGCAUCGAAGCUACUUGUCAGUGCAAAGCAGUGGAAAUGGGUAGACACAGCUCAGAUUCCGAGGAGGAUAGACGAAGGAAACACAGAUCUUCGAGGAAACGUCACAGAAGAAGCAGGAGUCGAGAACGGAGGAAACGGUCGCGGUCUCGAGAGAGAAAACGAAGUCGAUCUAGAAGCAGUAGUUAUGAGGACUACAGGCGUAGCAGAUCAAGUCGAAAAGGUCACAGAUUUAGUCGAUCAAGCAGUAGUAGAAGCACUAGCAGUAGUUCCAGUGGUGGUGGUUGGAGAAAAAGUAGGAAAGAUAAAAGGGAUUCAAGUUCACAGCUCACAAAAGAAAAGACUAAAGCAAAAAUGAAGAAAGCUUUGGCAAAAGCAGAAUCUAAAGAUGAAAUACUCAAAAGGGAUAAAGCUGCCAAGGAAUUAAGAGAGUUUGCACCUAACAAAGACACAAUAUUGCAAAUAGAAAGCAGUGAAUUUGUGCCUCAGUCCUUCAGCUCAUCUUCUGGCUCCAAAGGUCAUCAGAUAGGUGGGAAAAAUAUUGAUGGUAGCCAUGAAGAAGCUAUGUUUGGUGUUGGUGGAGCAGUGCCAGAAAUUUCAUCCCCAACUGUAGCUACAGCAGAGUUGAAGACUGCUCCUCAAUUAGUUAUAUCACAAACUUCUGAUAAGGAUGGACUGUUUGCUUCAUGGCUUCAUGAAGAUGAAGAAACCAAGACAUCUCGCUGGAUAACUAAAUUAAAAAAGAUGCGACAAGAACUCUUGGCAGCCACCUAGCUACAAUGUUAGUGGCUAUAUCCUUUUUUUUCUGAUAAAAAUACAUUCAAGUAAUUUUUGUAUCAGCAUGUUGUAUUGAAUAUAAAAACAAUCUAUUUUUUAGCUUGUUUUCCUAAAACAGUGUAACAUCUUUAAUGAGCCAUUCCCCUUGUGUUCAACACAAAAAGUUUUUUUGGCAGAUAUAAACUCAUGUAAGAUUGUUUUCAAACUUUUCAACCAUUUAGCUUAUGGUAACAAAAGGACUCUGACUCUUUCUCUUCAUAACAACCUAUAUCUAGAGUACAAAAACGUCUGGGUCAUCACAAUGUUGUAAUAACUUAACUUAGUAGUAUUGUAGAGAACUUAAGCAAUAUUUUUACAACUUUAGAACUUAUCCUAGAUAAAUUUUCCUAUGAGACCUUGUGUCAGUCUAAGUCAAAUCUUCUGCAAUACAAUUGUAAGCCAUAAAGAUGACCUGAAUAGUGAUAGGUUUUUCGAAACAUGUUCAAUAUCAUAUAUAGAUAAGUUUCGUAUAUUUAUAUCACAGAUGUGUGUUACCUUUGUCAGUAGAAUACUUGCAGAGAACACUAAAACAUGUUACAGACAUUAUAGCCUCGAUGGAAACCUAGUAUAAACUUCAUCUAGAGAUAUUCUCAUCAUUUCUAAAAUGUGAACUUUGUAAAAAAAUAAAAUUUCAAUUAACCUUA